GACCGGAACUCCGGGCGGGCGGCUUGUUGAUAAUAUGACGGCAGGAGCUGCCUGGUCUUCUCGAGGAGGCGGUGGGGCCCACACCCGGAAGAAGGGUCUCUUUUCAGGCUAGUGCGGCGGCCGCUGCGGACCCGGCCGGUUGCUGAAUGAGGGGAGCCGGGCCCUCCCCGCGACAGUCCCCCCGCGCCCUCCGCCCCGACCCGGGCCCCGCCAUGUCCUUCUUCCGGCCGAAAGUGAAAGGCAAAGAACAAGAGAAAACCUCAGAUGUCAAGUCAAUUAAAGCUUCAAUAUCUGUACAUUCCCCACAAAAAAGCACUAAAAAUCAUGCCUUGCUGGAGGCAGCAGGACCAAGUCAUGUUGCAAUCAAUGCCAUUUCUGCCAAGAUGGACUCUUUUUCAAGUAGCAGGACAGCAACACUUAAGAAGCAGCCAAGCCACAUGGAGGCUGCUCAUUUUGGCGACCUGGGCAGAUCUUGUCUGGACUACCAGACUCAAGAGACCAAAUCAAGUCUUUCAAAGACUCUUGAACAAGUCCUGCAUGACACUGUUGUUCUCCCUUAUUUUAUUCAAUUCAUGGAACUUCGGCGAAUGUAGCAUUUGGUUAAAUUUUGGUUAGAAGCUGAAAGUUUUCACUCUACAACUUGGUCCCGAAUAAGAGCACACAGUCUCAACACCGAGAAGCAGAGUGCAUAGGCUGAGCCUGUCUCUCCAUCUAAGAAGCAUGAAACUGCAACAUCUUUUGUAACUGAGUCUCUUGACAAGAGAUUGGAGGAUUCAAGCUCAGCUCAACUGCUUAUGACUCAAUCUGAAGGAAUUGACCUGAACAAUAGAACUAGCAACAUUCAGAAUCACUUGCUGCCUUCCCGGGAAUGUGACAGUGCCCAUUCUCUCCAUCUUGAAAUGGCCAGAACAGGAACACAUCCAGUUUCCAUGGAAAUCCAAGAAUCCUCCUCUAGACUUCUAGUAGCCAGUAGAAAUAGUCCCUCUUCACCACUGAAGGAAUUAUCAGGAAAAUUAAUGAAAAGUAUAGAACAAGAUGCAGUGAAUACUUUUACCAAAUAUAUAUCUCCAGAUGCUGCUAAACCAAUACCAAUUACAGAAGCAAUGAGAAAUGACAUCAUAGCAAAGAUUUGUGGAGAAGAUGGACAAGUGGAUCCCAACUUCAUUUUGGCACAGUCCAUAGUCUUUAGUGCAAUGGAGCAAGAGCACUUUAGUGAGUUUCUGCGAAGUCACCAUUUCUGUAAAUACCAGAUUGAAGUGCUGACCAGUGGGACUGUUUACCUGGCUGACAUUCUCUUCUGUGAAUCAGCCCUCUUUUAUUUCUCUGAGUACAUGGAAAAAGAGGAUGCAGUGAAUAUCUUACAGUUCUGGUUGGCAGCAGAUAACUUCCAGUCGCAACUUGCUGCCAAAAAGGGCCAGUAUGAUGGACAGGAGGCACAGAAUGAUGCCAUGAUUUUAUAUGACAAGUAUUUCUCCCUCCAGGCCACACAUCCUCUUGGAUUUGAUGAUGUUGUGCGAUUAGAAAUUGAAUCCAAUAUCUGCAGGGAAGGUGGGGCACUCCCUAACUGUUUCACAACUCCAUUACGUCAGGCCUGGACAACCAUGGAGAAGGUCUUUUUGCCUGGCUUUUUGUCCAGCAAUCUUUAUUAUAAGUAUUUGAAUGAUCUCAUCCAUUCGGUCUGAGGAGAUGAAUUUCUGGGAGGAAAUGUUUCCCUGACUGCCCACGGCUCUGUGGGCCCUCCUGAGGACUCUCACCCCAGUGGUCCGGACAGCUCAGCUUCUCAGUCCAGUAUGAAAAAAGCCAGUGUUAAAAUUCUGAAAAAUUUUGAUGAAGCGAUAAUUGUGGAUGCUGCGAGUCUGGACCCAGAAUCUCUGUAUCAGCGGACAUACGCAGGGAAGAUGACAUUUGGAAGAGUAAGUGACUUGGGGCAAUUCAUCCGAGAAUCUGAGCCUGAACCUGAUGUAAAGAAAUCAAAAGAUUUUGGGGUAUUACUCCACACACUCCAGAAUGGCUUGAAGGAGAAAAAACAAAAACAAAAACAAAACAAAAUGAAACCAAGUGUUGGUGAGGUUGGGAAGCACCUGGAACUCUCUUCUGGCGGAAGUAUGAACUGGUAAGAUGCUUUGUAAAACUGUCAGGAUCUACUAAAUGGAAUAUCUGCACCCUGUGAUUCAGCCAGCCCACUCCUAAUUCUGUAUUCAAGAGAAAUGAGUAUGUAAGUUCAUCAAAGGGACAUUCACAGCAGCUUGAUUUACAACAGCCCCAACAGAACAAUCCAAAUGACAGUCAACAGAAGGGGCAAAUUAAAUAAUGAUUUAGCAUACAAUGGAAAUUACACAGUAAAAGAAGAAGGAGGAGGAGGAGGAGAAAUACUGAUACACUAAUAAAUGCAUGGAUCCCACAGGCAUGCUAAGUCAAAGAAACUAGACACAAAAGAGUAUAACCAUUUUUGGGUAAAACCAAAUGACGGUGAUAGAAGUCAAAAUACUGGUUACCUCUGGAGGAGUUACUGACAAGAAGGAACCCUCCAGGGGUGCAGAAUGUUCUUUUUCUGUCUUUUCUUUCUUUCUUUUCUUUUCUUUUUUAG